ACCUCAGCCAAGCCAAUUUUCUCUACAUUGCCCAUUUAUUCCCUAUACAAUGCUUCUCUGUAAUUGUCACCGUCCUUCUUGACCCCAUUGUCUCAUUGCCCGAUUGUCUUGAGCUGUCUUACUCGCCGAAGCAGUCGUCCUCAGGAUCCUCCGUCUCCCCUUGAUGCCGCCGAACCAGUCGCAGUGCAAACCCACCUGCGGUACCUUGCGUUGGUCACUCUGCACACAUCCAAUCAACCCUGAUCGACAAUACCACUGCAGAUAAGCGAGCCAUAUGAUGAUCAGCCAUAAAAGCCGGUGGACUUCCUGAUUCUCAUCACCACCAUUCCUCUCAAGAUGCCUGCUCGCACCGCCGAACCCCACGACGAUGUUCCCACCGCGAGACAAGUCGAGGGUUUGGGCCUCAAGGCCAAAACACCCAAACCUCCCGGCAGCCCUACCAAGAAAGAGGAGAGGACCAAGGCACAAGAUGUAGCCGAGCUGAAGGACUACCAGUUGGGAGACUGCUUGGGUAAGGGCGCAUUCGGUUCCGUCUACCGUGCUCUGAACUGGGGCACCGGCGAAACGGUUGCGGUGAAGCAGAUCAAGUUGGCAGAUUUGCCUAAGAGCGAACUGAGGGUCAUCAUGUUGGAAAUCGACUUACUCAAGAACCUCGACCACCCCAACAUUGUCAAGUACCAUGGCUCGGUCAAGACCCCCGACACUCUGAACAUUAUAUUGGAAUACUGCGAAAAUGGUUCACUGCACUCCAUUUCGAAGAACUUUGGUCGAUUUCCCGAGAACCUGGUGGGACUUUACAUGUCGCAAGUGCUUCAAGGGUUGGUCUAUUUGCACGAGCAGGGCGUCAUACAUCGGGAUAUCAAGGGAGCCAACAUUCUUACCACAAAGCAGGGCCUGGUCAAAUUGGCCGACUUCGGCGUCGCCAGUCGCACGACCGGGCUACACGAGUCCAGCGUUGUCGGCACUCCCUACUGGAUGGCACCUGAGGUGAUUGAAUUAACGGGUGCAACUACGGCUUCGGAUAUAUGGAGCUUGGGGUGUACGGUGAUUGAGCUGCUGGACGGCAAACCACCAUACCACACACUUCAGCCCAUGCCGGCCUUGUUUCGAAUAGUCAAUGAUGACCAUCCGCCACUUCCCCAAGGCGCCUCGCCCGGAGUGCUGGACUUCCUAAUGCAGUGUUUUCAGAAAGAUCCAAAUCUGCGGGUGUCGGCCAAAAAGCUAUUGAAACAUCCAUGGAUCGUGAAUGCGAGAAGAACAGGUUCAGACAAACCAAAAAAUGCCACGGAAUAUACCGAAGCAGUCAAAAGUGUGCAGGAAUGGAACGAAGCCCUGAGAGAUUCUCCCAACAGCAACUCGAUACGAAAAAAUUCCAAUGCGUCAACAGCUAGCCCUAUCCCGGCACCGAAAGACCUUCUUCGACCCAUGAGGAACCAGGUCAAGUCGCCUGCUCCUGCGUUCAAUAGAGAGGAUACCACGAUGCGUUUCCGCUCUUUGGAGGAUGAUGAUAAUUGGGAUAACGAUUUCGUUACUGCUAUAUCCCCGAGCACCUUUGAACUGCCGCAUCUGCGACCUCAUGAUAACUUUGGGGGCUUGCUAUCGUCUGACAAGCUGAAGGCUUUCGCUUCCCUGGAAAAUGGUGCCGGUAAGGAGAACGAAAGUGUCUUUGAAGACCAGGAUUCCACAUUGAAAGCGUCUUCGUUAGUAGGGAGCGAAGGCUACAGAACGGUACGACCAGCUCCGCCGAAGAAGACCGAGAAGGGUCAUGCUCGUCACAAGUCUGAAGCACCCAAACCCAGAACAAAGCCAUCUCCGACACCACGCAAAGCUUCAUUGCCGUCCGCUCGCCAGACCACCAACCUCUCGAGGAGUAAACCUCCUCCGCCGAAGUUGACUGCAGAUGAACCUCCCACUCGUCGUUACCGAGAAGACUCUGUCGAAGAUUUCUCGGACCUGAUCAACGGUAACGAACUGACUUUGGAUACAAAGCUGGGCAUGAUGCGCUUACACGGCGAGGGUCCCUCAAAGAUUUUGAAUUCGCCAAGCGUGACCGACUUGAUGCAAAGUAUGAGGCCGGCAAAACCUGGCGGGAGUCUCAGAAGGCCUUCGGCUCCUCGCAACAAAUUGUCAAUGCGAAGAACUAGGUCUUCCAUUGAGAUACAGCGGUUUGCCGAAAACGAAGAGGAUGAAGACUUCUCAGAUGUCUUUGCUCAUACAAGUUCUGUUUUCCAAAAGCCCGACAGCGAGGACGGCUCCGAGCUAAUGCUAAAUUCGAAGAUAUCGAAUCUAUCUUGGCUGCCAGACGCCGAAGACGAAGACGAUCCAUUUGCACAGCUGGAAGAAGGGUUACCGGAAGUCGACCUCGAAUCCAACAUAGCUCGAGACAAGCAUGCCCGUCUUCGGACAGAUGUCGAGGCAUUAGUAGGUCAAUUGAAGGUCAUGCAAGAUGAUGAUGCACUACUACAGAUAUCUGAAGAUCUCAUGAAUUUCUUCGACCUAUUCUCAGAUACGAAGAGCGUGAUUGUCAGUGCCCAUGGCGUACUUCCGAUUCUGGAAAUUCUCGAGGACUGUACGCGGCUGGACGUCGUCCUCAAUCUCCUCAAGAUCGUCAAUGCACUCAUUUUCAACGAUGAAGAUGUCCAGGAGAAUCUAUGCUUUGUUGGUGGUAUUCCCAAAAUUAACAAGUUUGCUUCGAAGAAAUUCCCUAGAGAGAUACGGCUUGAAGCGGCGGCCUUUGUCCGACAAAUGUAUCAAACAUCGACCCUGAUUCUCCAAAUGUUUGUGAGUGCUGGAGGCCUAACAGUGCUGGUUGACUUUCUGGAAGAUGACUACGACGAUGACCGAGAGCUGGUCCUGAUUGGUGUCAACGGCAUAUGGAGCGUCUUCGAAUUGCAAGGGUCAACUCCAAGAAACGACUUUUGUAGGAUCUUAUCCCGCAAUUCGGUUCUGGAACCUUUGUCCCUGGUCCUGAACAGAGUCUUGAUGGAGCCAUCCGAAUCUGGCGAUCAGAAGGAAUUGGCAGACCUGUGCGAAGGUCGUAUUGCCAGCAUCUUCUUUGUGUUCUCGCAGGCCGAGAACUAUGUCAAAGAGCUUGUUGCAGAACGUACGGUACUCCAUCGAGUCCUUAAGAACCUCAAACGCAUGUCGCCGUCUCACCAGGUCACCAUGUUAAAAUUUAUCAAGAACUUGUCGAUGCUGUCCAACACGCUGGAUGCUCUUCACAACUCGAAUGCAAUUGACGUCUUGUCCGAGCUGUUGAGCAACAGUAUGAACAAGCCACAUUUUAGGGAGAUGUCGAACCAGAUCUUGAACACCAUAUACAAUCUCUGCCGACUGUCCAAACGACGGCAAGAGGACGCUGCAUUGGUGGGCAUCAUCCCUAUUCUCAUCAAAAUCGUCAAGCAGGAAAAGACGCCAGUGAAGGAGUUUGCGCUACCGAUCCUGUGUGAUAUGGCUCAUUCUACGCGAGCCGCGAGACGAGAACUUUGGCAGAACAAGGGCCUGGCGUUCUAUGUGUCGUUGCUGUCCGACCCAUACUGGCAGGUCACAGCCCUCGAUGCUAUUUUCACAUGGUUGCAAGAAGAAACUGCCAGAGUUGAAGACCACUUGCUCGAGAACCAGAACUUUGCGACCGCGAUCAUCGCUGCCCUGACAAGCAGCAAAUCCACCUCAUUCGAGAACCUCUUGGAGCCCCUGCAGAAGCUGCUGCGGCUGUCACCGCCUCUUGCUGCGUCCAUGGCCCGAAGUCCUCCUCUGUUCGAUACCCUCGGCCAGAAGUUGAGCCACAAUAAACCUGCCAUCCGUCUAAAUCUGCUCCGCAUCAUCGGUAGUAUCUGCGACUCGACCGAAGAAGGCUGUUUCCUGCUUGACCAAUACGGUCUGUAUGACGUUGUCCGAGAGUUGUCGUACUCGGACUCUGCAGUUCUCGUGCGCAGCAUGGCAGGAGACCUCAUCCGGUCAUGUGAAGAAAGUGAUAACGUCAGCAUCAAAAGUGGCCAGGGGGCCUCUGUGGCGCCCACCGCCGGUCGACGAAAACACCCAGGCUUUCAAAGACGAACGAGCUCGACAACUCCGCCGCACCUACUGGAACGUCAGAUGAGCAUGCCGACGUCACCCCAGCUGGGCCGCUCCGAACGGGCAAGCAUGAACAUGUACGAUCCUCCAGGCGCUCAAACACCCAGACGGCAACGUAAUGGUGUUUAUGUCAAUGGCACGAGUGUGAUGCGACCAGCCAGCCGAGACGGAUCUACGUAUGUGAGGGAGAACUCCCCUGCGUUUGCCAUGCCGAGCCUCACGCGGGCCAACACUGCGAGCGCCGUUUCGGAAGUGAACAUCAACAAGAGCCGCUUGCCACGACAGUCGACCAUCGGCACCGGCAUCGCCACUGGCCAACAUCGCCUGUCUAGACAGAGCACACGAGAGAGCAUGGUGGGGUCGAUGCGCAAUUCCGCGUCGACGUCAAGCUCUGCCGAAAAGGAAACAACAACCUCUCGCUCGCAACAUCACAGUAACAGCAGCGCAAGCGGGACACCCAUCACCCUCACGCCGGUGGCCGAGGCUAGGAUGCGAAGAGAAGCUCGUCACGCACAUUCGAGUAGUUUGAGCAGUAGUAACGGGAACAAUGGUUUUGUGAGACUUGGCCCGAGACAACAACAAGGCGGCGCCGGUGCCGGUUCUGGCACAGGUUCUGGGAAUGGUCCCGGUCAGGUCGAAGUCACUAUAAACAGGAGGACGACGGCGAGGAGACAGAACCUAAGUGAUGAUCGGUGGGGUUAAAAGAAAAAGACUUUGUUCCUUGCUGCCCUUUACGUACCUACCUCUUGAAAAACACCUUGGACUUCCUAGCGGGACCUUGGUUUUUUUUUCCCCGCGAAGAGAUGUGCAAGACCAAGACAAGACAAGACCUGGAAGACAACGUAUGGAGUGAGAUGACACUCGAAGUGAUGUAAUAACAUGCUGAAGUAUAGUAGUA